AUGAGAGAGUUUCAAUUGCAUGUUGAUGCAGAUGUAGAGUUUAUGGGUGGGGCUGUUGGUAGACAGGAACAUGUUGAAGAUAGUAAUGAGGAUCCAGAUGUUGAUGUACUACAUAAUGAUGAGUUUGAAAGUGGUUCUGACCCAGAUGAUGAUGUGAAUAAGAUUAGGAAUAGAUUGUUGAAAAAAAUGUCUAAAGAGAAGAGGAGUGAGGAGGUUGUAAUCUCUAAAACUGGAUUUCAUUUGUCACAAACUUUUGGAACAUCCAAGGAGGUUAAGGAUAUGGUCAAGGCACAUGCAAUAGAAACUAGGAGGGAAUUAAAAAUAGCGAAAAAUGAUAAAGAGAGGGUUAGAGUAGUAUGUGAAGGCAAGAUGCCAGUGUUCAAUACUGAAGCUGGAAAUCCUGAAAUACCAUCUUCGGCUCUACAAGGUGAACUUCAAAGAAGGUUUGAGCUUGGAUUAUCCAAGAAGAAAGCACAAAGAGCUAAAAGGGCAGCACAAGGUCAACUCAGAGGAGAUUAUACUAGGCAGUACAAUAUGUUGAGAGAUUAUGUGUUGGAGUUGCAUACUUCAAAUCCUGGGUCAACAAUCAAGUUGGAGGUUGAACCACCAUUGGAUCCAGAUUCUAAUGAAAGAAUCUUUAAAAGGAUUUAUGUGUGCUUAGUUGCAUAUGCAUUAGUGGAAGCAGAGACUAAAGAUACAUGGACAUGGUUCUUGGAGUGUUUAGGUGAUGAUUUAGAUCUAGAUAAAAGGUCCAAUUACACUUUCAUGAGUGAUAGGCAGAAGGGAAUAAUUCAAGCAAUAGCAAAGGUUUUUCCAUGUGUUGAACACAGGUAUUGUUUAAAGCAUAUACAUGAAAAUAUGAAGUUGCAAUGGAGGGGAACAGCUUUCAAAAACCAUAUAUGGAAGUGUGCUAUAGCAACAACAGUCCCAGGGUUUAAUAAGUUUAUGCUGGAAUUCAAAAACUACAAUGAAGCUGCAUACAAUUGGUUGCUAAAGAUCCCACCUCAACAUUGGGCUAGGUCACAUUUUACAGGCAGGGCAAAAUCUGAUGUGUUGUUAAACAACAUGUGUGAAGUAUUGAACAGCAAAUUGGUUAAGGGUAGGGCUAUGCCUAUAAUCCAUUGCCUAGAAUUCAUUAGGGAGUACUUAAUGAUUAGGAUAGACAAUGUGCACAAGGUUAUAGCAAAGAGCAAGGGUCCAUUAACGCCAACUGCAACUAGGAUAUUUGAACUGAUUAAAACAGAGGCAGAGUCUUACAAAGCAAUAUUCAAUGGUACUGAUAAGUAUCAAGUUAGUGGUCCCUGGGAGAUCAAUGUGUUGUUGAUAUGA